AUGAAGGUCACAACUCGCGUCCUCAUUGGCUGUCGCCUUUUGCAGUCCACGUAUAUUACCUUCCACAGGUUAAAGUGUGCCCACAAUGGCCCAGUUCACGUGUGCCAUGUUCCAGGAUGUGGCAAGCUCUACGCCAAGACUUCUCACCUCAAGGCACAUCUGCUCUCGCACAGCGGAGAACGCCCCUUCGUGUGCCACUGGAUCUUCUGCAACAAGGCCUUCACUCGAUCCGACGAACUUCAGCGCCAUCUCAGAACGCACACCGGUGAAAAACGUUUCCAGUGUGAAGAGUGCGGAAAACGUUUCAUGCGUUCUGAUCAUCUGAACAAGCACGUCAAGACGCACCAGAACCGACGCGCCCGUCUUGCUUCUGCUUCUCCUGCCGAAGGUGACGACGUUGACGUGGAACUGUGUGACGAUGAGUUUCUCUCCGUACUCUGCCAGACCCUCCCGUGCCUGAGACGGAUUUUCUAG